CUCAGAUAGACUGGUGACGGGCUGGGAUUUGGGGACAGAGCGGUGACUAUGGCUGGUCUGGUGCCAUCUCCUGUGCUCUACCACUGGCUGGUGGUUUUGCUGCUGUUUCUCUCAGGUGAGCUGGUGCCAGCAAUGACAACAGGAGACCUGCUGCAGAAUCCCCAAGGAAGUGCGUGUUCCCGGAUCUGGCAGCACCCACGGUUCGUGGCCAAGAAACGGGGCUCUGUGGUGAAAGUACAGUGCUACAUGGACAGCUCCAGCCCCUCCAGCAUAGUGACCUGGUUAUGGAAGCCGAGUAUGGACAUGGAGCCCCAGGAGGUGCCCCUGGAACAGGAUCACAUCUUACAGACCCAGAACGGCUCUAUCCACACCCUCACCAUUCAAGGCAUCCAGUUUGAGGACAAUGGCAUCUACUUCUGCAAGCAGGAGUGCACCGGAUCCAAGCCCAAUGUUUCCCUGGGCUGCGGCACAGAACUUCGAGUCAUGGGGUUCAGCACUUUGGCCCAGUUGAAGCGGCGGAACACGCUGAAAGACGGUAUCAUCAUGAUCCAGACCCUUCUUAUCAUCCUUUUCAUCAUUGUGCCCAUCUUCCUGUUGCUGGACAAGGAUGACAGCAAGGCUGGAAUGGACGAAGACCACACCUAUGAGGGUCUGAACAUUGACCAGACGGCCACCUACGAGGACAUAGUGACUCUGCGGACAGGGGAGGUAAAGUGGUCUGUUGGGGAGCACCCAGGCCAGGAGUAAGAAACUAGCCCCCCAGGCUCCAGCACAGCUCCUGGGCCUCACUACUGACUGCUUCAGAAAUACCUGGCUCGUGGCCCAUUCUUUGCUCCCUGGCUCCAAAGUUGGCCUCCGAAGCUAGCCCACCAGAGCCACCUCCCUGUCCAGCCCCUGGUUCCCAGCUCUUGCCAAAGAGCCUGGGGUAAAAGGACAACAGCGUAGUGAUUUGGAGCAGGGAAUUCUCUGGGAGUAGUCUGAACCCAGCCUUCUGGGGGUGCUAGGCACGAUCUACCACCACAUUUGGAACAGAAGAACAGAGACUCGUUAGAAUUUGCGAGUGGACUCAGGGAUGAUGGGCUUCCUGCAGAACCCAGGAAGAGCCAGGACUUCCAACAGCCCCAGAAGGGCUUACAAGAACGUUCUUCCUCCUGUCCCCUGCCCCAGAGGGCACCUAGCCUGAAAUGGGUUCUCCCCUGGAAUAAACAAUGCGUCUGAU